AUGUUUUCUUCGACGAUAGCACAAAAAGAGAUAAGACAGGCUAUUAAAAAGCAAAACAAAAACAAAAAAUCGGUCAUACGCCACGUAGGAAGCAGAAGUAAGGACUAUUUGAUUCUGUUUCUGAAGACGUCUUCGAUUCACGGCUUGAAUCAUUUGGUAGCCCCUCGACGACACCCGUUCGAAGUGUUGCUCUGGUCUUCUUCAGUUAUUCUGUCUGUGUUUGGCUCGAUUUACCUCUCGCAGACGACGUGGAUUCGUUACCAGUCCUCUCCCACUGUAGUCUCAAUGGACCGAGACAUGUACGCCUGGAAUACCACAUUUCCUUGUGUCACUGUGUGUAAUGAUUUGAGGGUCGACCCAGUCAAAUUGGAAGAAUUUGUAAAGUCCCGCAAUACUAAGAAUAAAGAGGAACUUAAAACAUUUAUACUGGCCUUGGCGAACGCCACGUAUAAAAACUUCGAUACUGUACCGCUAUACGAAGGCGUCUCGUCUUCGGAGUUUCUGGACAUCAUCCUCAAAGUAUCGACAUCGUUCCAGUCGACUCUCACCAUUGGAGCCCUGGGCAGAGAGUUAGAAAUUACGCCGACUGUUACAGAAAUGGGCCUAUGUUAUGCCAUGAAUUCGAAGGUCGCCGUGUACAGUUCGCCAGAGUACAUGCGAGCAAACCGGUGGGACUUACUGAAAGAUCAGAACGAUUCUCUCGCGGUUCAUCCACUCGAUGGCGAAGUAUUCGCUCAUAUUAUGAAUUUAUCCUAUUCUUAUUUUGUCUAUGUACACGGCCCGUUAGAAGUCCCCGAUAUCUCAACGAAGUAUCAACACUCGGCUGCGAUGUUCUACAUGAAGAUCUAUGUCACCGCUUUGACAGUUUACACUUCGCAACAGGCUGCGAGCUUAAGCAUUGCUCAGAGGCGCUGUCGGUUCACUCAUGAGAACAACUUGACGCAUUUCGCUGUUUACACCUAUACUAACUGUCAGAUGGAGUGUAGAGCUCGAAUGUGUUUGAAAUUCUGCCACUGCAUACCGCACUUCUACAGAAGAGUAGGCGAUGAGGAAAUUUGCGAUGUUGACGGAUUACACUGUUUGGCAAAAUAUAAAGAUGUCCUGUUCAAGCUUCGAGACAAAGAUGGUAAAAAGAUAAACUGCGGAUGUCUACCUAUUUGUGAUGAUGUGAACUAUGUUAUUCAAUCGAAUGAUGUGCAGGAGUGGUUCUUAGGUACCAAUCUGCAAUGGGGAAUCGCGAGCUAUCCACGCAUGAGGUACCGGAGGGAUAUCAUAUUCGGUUUCACCGACGUCUUAGUUGCGGUCGGGGGCAUGGCCGGCCUAUUCCUGGGCUGUAGUGUUCUUAGCUUCCUGGAAAUCCUGUAUUUCCUUACUUUAAGAUUAUUCUGCUAUACGCAAACAACUCUUCGUAAAUAG